AUGGUGAACUAUGAAGUGGCGACAUACUUUACUAGUAGUAGCUUUGACAUCCGUAAGAGAUCUGCAGACUUGCUAAAGGGAAAAGCUCUGGUAUCAGAAGCGAAAAGGGUUAUGAUGGAAGAUAUAGAAAAGGUUCUGGAUCGUGGUGAGGAAUUCGAGCUUCUGGUUGACAAGACGGAGGAUCUUCGUUCUCCGGCUCAAGAUGUCAGGCAGCAGGGGAACCAAAUGAGAAGGAAGUUGUGGCUGCGCAACUUGAAAAUAAAGCUGAUAGUUCUCGGCACCAUUGUUACUCUGAUUCUGAUCAAAGUUUUGACUAUUUGUGAUGGCUUCAAGUGUUAA